GUUGGCAAAAACAGAGGAAAAGGAAAAAAAAAUCUGAGGAAGUGUGCAAAUAAGAAAGGCGUUUAACAAGAAUUGUCUCGCACGAUUCAAAACCCCAUAUUCUUAGUUUCUUUCACGCAACGAAUAACCCCUUCACUCAUCAUCCCCAUCAAAAUCCUAACAUUCUGCUUUUCAGAUCUCUAUCGUCCAGAAUAGAAAGCUCGCAGUCAUUAGGGAAUAUCCCCUAAUACCUUCCCUGGUUUCUUAUUGAACACCCUGCUCCGUUUUCUGCAUUCAAUGAUAGAAUUUACAUUGUGGGUAUUGAAGCGUUUUUGAAGUCCAAUUCUGGGUUAUCAAGAAUUCGAAGCCUUUGUUUCUAUAAAAAGGGGUUGGGAUUGGAAUACGAAGAGCCCCAGAUGUGGGUUUGUUGCAGAUAUUCAUUUGGAGGAUCCCUGAUGGAAUUGUAAAGUUAUCUGGGGAACUCAAGAUUUGAUAGAUUUGGAGUCCUUUCUUUCCUCCAUGUCGGGGGGAACACCCGUAGCGGGUGUUUAUAUGAGGCAGAGGCAUAGCCAGGGAUAUGCUUCUAGUGGUGAUGAUAUUGAGGAUGAUGCAUGUUCGAGGUUUCAAGCUAUGUCGUUUCAUACUCCAAAGAGUCGGACGUGGGUUGAAGUUGUAGAGAAUGUCCUUUGGCUUGCUUCUGCUGCUUUCGUUGUAUACUAUGGCGAUAGGCAUUCCAAUAUGAUAAUUCUCUUGUGGCAUGAUGGCCGAAUAAGAAGACCUCCGUUAUACCUUGGAAUGGUGGCGAUUGGUUUGAACGUUGUCAUAUUCAUUUACACGAGUAUGUCAGCUUGGAGUAUUAGAAGGUUUAAUGAAAAAUGGGAAGUAGCAAGCUUAUCAGUUUUACCAAUUGCAACACUUCUUGGGCUUAUCUCCUUUUGCUUGUUGUCAUUUGCUCUUUGGCCGAUAUGGGGUUUCCUGACCAUUCCUCUUCUGUUCACUUUGUUCAUGGCAUGCAUGGUUGUAUUUCCAAGUAUAAUUAUCGGGAAAUUCAGGCCUCAGAGUCCUCAGAGCGAUGUUCUUCGUACAGAUUAACUUUCACUCGAUCCAAGUGAUGAUGCAUAGACGAAAAGAUUGAUUUUGAAGCACAGAUGAUUGGUUGAACUGGCUUGAUAUAAAAGAAGGUUCUGAUUUGUAUUGCAUGAUUCUCCAUUAGCCAACUGCCUUCUCCUCAGUCAAUUCGAAUACCGACCUUGCCAGAAUUACGCACGCUCAUGGUACAUCUGACCUUCACUAUUUUGGUAUGGCUACAACUGGAGCACCAUUCUUAUAUUCUUACAUCUUUUGUUGGCAAAGUCCAUUUACUUUGUUAUGUAGUUUAGUUGCCUCAUUUUUUUCAUUGAAAAGUAGGUGUGUGGCGUGCGUGUAGGUGAUUCGUUUCAUUUUAGCAUCUUCGCUCGCAUCCUUGGCACAAGGAAAAGAAAGAAAACAAAAAAGUCUCAUUAGACAAUAUGUAGGAAUGUAAAGUUUCGGAAAAUACUGUUUCAGUGAAGUUACUUGAAUGAAUGAUCUGUUUGGCCAUAUUUUUUUUUGCUUA